AUGGAAAUGGUAGCUUUGUGGAAACAAUGGGGGCAAGAGUUUGCCAAAACUCUUCCACUCAAUCCUAUGCUCGUUUUCUCUCUUCUCCUUUUAUCCUUUGUUUAUCUCUUUAGGCUCAGAAGAACUCACAAACUCAAGUUACCUCCAUCACCACCAAAGCUACCAAUCAUUGGAAACCUUCACCAACUAGGUACUUUCCACUUUCGCUCCCUCAAAAAACUCUCCGACAAAUAUGGCCCCCUUAUGCUUGUGCAUUUUGGCAAUGUUCCAACCCUUGUAGUUUCAACUGCGGAGAUGGCUCAUGAAAUUACUAAAAAUCAUGAUGCUAUUUUUGCAGAUAGGCCAAAAACCAGCGCUGGAGAUGUUCUAUUUUUCGGGCGCCAAGAUAUUGCAUUUUGCCCCUAUGGUGAAUAUUGGAGACAAGCGAAGAAAGUUUGCGUUCUUCAACUCUUGAACCAGAAAAGGGUGCAACACUUUGAGUUCGUGAGAAGAGAAGAAACUACUGAACUGGUAGAAAAGUUGCGCCAUGCAUGCGCCGAAGGAUCGCCAGUUGAUCUAAGUGAGAUGCUUACUACAAUUUCCAGCAACAUCGUAUCAAGAUCAGCUCUUGGUACAAUAUAUGAUAAUGAAAGUGGUCGUAAGAGCAACUCAUCAGGAGAUUUAGUUAGGACAGGAAUAGACCUUGUGGGAAGUUUCAGCUUUAAAGAUUCUUUUCCCUGUUUAGGAUGGCUUGAUGUUUUAACUGGCUUGAAUAAUAAGGUGAAAAAGGCAUCCAAAGAAUUGCAUGGUUUCCUUGAUCAAGUGAUUGAAGAACAUAUUCAAGCGUCAAAAAGCCAAGACAAAGCUGAUGAUAGGAAAGACAUAGUGGAUAUUCUUCUCCAACUUGAAAGGAAUCGCAUGCUCACUGUUGACUUCACUCGUGAAAGGAUGAAAGCUAUCCUAAUGGACAUGUUUAUCGGGGGAACUGAUACUACUGCGACAACCAUGGAAUGGACGAUGGCAGAACUGAUGAAAAACCCAAGCAUAAUGAAGAAAGCCCAAGAAGAAGUAAGAAGAGUGGUCGGAAACAAAUUGAAAGUAGAUGAAUCUGAUCUUGAUCAGAUGACGUAUUUAAAAUGCAUAGUGAAAGAGACACUGAGACACCAUUCGGGAAUAAUUCCUCGACAAACAACUACGAGCAUCAAGCUAGAAGGGUAUGAUAUUCCAUCCAAUACAAAAGUUUUAAUCAAUGCAUGGGGAAUUCAAAGGGAUCCAAGAAUAUGGGAAAAGCCUGAUGAUUAUAUUCCUGAGAGGUUUAUUGACAAUCCAACAGAUUUCAAAAGUCAAGACAAAAAGUAUAUUCCAUUUGGUUUUGGCAGAAGGGUUUGCCCUGGAAUAUCAUUUGCACUUAAAGAAGUUGAAUACGUGUUGGCUAAUCUUCUCUUGUUGUUCGAUUGGAAGUUACCUGAUGGUCAAGGACCCGAGGACUUGGACAUGAGCGAGGUCUUCUAUCUUGUGAAUCGUAAGAAAGAAUCUCUCAUGAUUGUGCCAACCGUGCAUUAGUCAAUAAUUAUUAAUCCACAGUGGACAAAAUUCUAUGGUCGGAGUUUAAUUUAGUUAUAUUUCCUUUCUUAAUUUAUGUUUUGUGCCUGGUCCUAAACAUCUGAUAAUGGAUUAGUCCAUCUUCAUAGUCCCCUGUGGAUUAGUUUCGUGCAAAAUUUUCUGUAGUGUUGAAUUUGAAGCAUAAUGGUUAAAUAAA